GCAGUGUCAUGUACAGCACUUCAAGGCAGCGACUGCGGCUCUCUAUCUGCCUCUCUCUCUCUCUCUCAUACACACAUACACGAGCCUUUUAGUGGUUAGUUAGAAAACCGGCCACCUUUUAAACUUGUUCCACUCGCCAGCAUGUCUGUUUUGUGUUAUAAUAAGGGAUGCGGACAGCGAUUUGAUCCAGAAAAUAACCCGGACGAUGGCUGCACCUAUCAUCCAGGGGUCCCAGUAUUCCACGAUGCUCUGAAGGGAUGGUCCUGCUGCAAGAGAAGAACUACCGACUUCUCAGACUUCCUCAGCAUUGUUGGCUGUACAAAAGGUCCCCACAACAAAGAGAAGCCCCCUGAGCCAGUGAAGCCAGACGUGACAUCAUCGGGAGAAAAGAAAGACUUAGAAAAACCAAAGUUUAAUGAGUACAUCAUCUCCGCACCAAAACCUCAGGAGGCGAUACGCAGACCGAGUGCUGAUGAGCCAAUGGUGAGAUUGCAGCAUAAAGUCUCUGCUUCCCUGAAGCAGGCUCUGGAGAAACUGAAACUAUCUGAAAAUGCUGCAGAGAAGAAAGAGGAAGAUGGUGAUGAGAUCAAAAUUGGAACAUCUUGUAAAAACGGAGGAUGUACAAAAAGUUUUGAUGGGCCUGCCAGUGAUUCCGAUGUGUGCUUAUACCACUCUGGAUUUCCCAUCUUCCAUGAAGGGAUGAAAUACUGGAGCUGCUGUAAGAGGAAAACCUCAGAUUUUAACACCUUCCUCUCUCAAGAGGGCUGUACCAAGGGAACACAUUUAUGGAGGAAAAAAGAUGCGGGUAAGAAGGUGGUCCCGUGCCGGUUUGACUGGCACCAGACCGGGACGCAGGUCAUCAUUUCUAUCUACUCCAAAAAUGCCGUCCCAGAGCUAAGCUACGUGGAUGCUAACAGCACCACGCUCAACAUCCACAUUAUAUUUGAAGGAGAGAAGGAGUUUGAGCAGAAAAUCAGCUUGUGGGGAGUGAUAGAUGUGAGUAAAAGUAUAGUGAACAUGAUGGCAGCCAAGAUCGAGGUGGCCAUGAAGAAGUCCGAGCCGAUGUCCUGGGCUCGUCUGGACCUGCCUCCCCCCGUCCCCCCACCCAAGGAGAGCGAGAAGAAAAAAGAAGACGAUAGCGAGGAUGAAGACGAAUGAUAAGGAUUUAAAAUAAAGACACAGCGGGUGUGUUUUUAGCUGAAUCAAAGGCCACAAGCCACACAGUCCAUUCUUUACCUCUUUUAAAGAAUCGCCUCUUUUGCUGUUAUGGAACUUUGGCCUUUACUCCUCGACAUUUGCAGUGUUUACCCUAUCAUUCUUAGUGACCAGAGUACUUAACUCUGUCCAUUUUUCUCAGUUUUUGGAUCUUGAUUCAUCCUCUCACUUGUUGGAACGCUAAAGAAUCCUCAGGUGUUCCUUCCAACACUUUCUCACCAUGAUAAAAGGAGGGACACUGACUUUUUUUUUUUAGUAGACUUUCCAGUCAAACCAGAUGACAACUAAACAGUUUAAUUGCACUGAAUUACCCUGAAAAAUAAGAACACACAAUACCAUAAGAAUCAGGUGUGACCACGCUUUAUCUCAAACCUGUGUGAACUGCUCACAUCAUGUCAUCGUAAUGAACCACAUUUGUCAACGUCUUUCAUCAGUUUAGUCAUGUUUUGUUCAAGAUUAUUCCAUCUGCACAUUUCCAUGUUUCAUACUUGACUCAUUUGAAAUUGUUUUUCAUUCCAUCCUUUCAUAAAUCAUAUAAAUGAUUGCAUUGUUUUGUCCAACAGUAUCACGUCAGAUUAAAUACUGUCUUAAUAGAUAUAUUUCCAUGUAUGUGUGAUUUAAAAAAGCUGCUCUGUGUAGUUGGGAAUUCACAUCAGUAAGUUAUCCAUUCUCGUGUAAUGCUGAAUUUAUUCUGAAUAAAUUGUGUCAUAAGAAAUAAAAUAGUUCCUCGGGACUCUGAAAUGAAAUAUUUGGCAGAUGGGCUCCAACUAUCCCAACUUUUUCACAGUUAAAGUUGUAGAUUUGCUCUAAAUUACUUUGUUGUUUUUUUUUACAUCAUUAUGCUUCAUGUAUAUUUUGUACACGUGUUGCUUUCAAAUACUGUAUUUAUCUCCUCCUUUCUUGUCAAAACAACACUGCACAGUUUUAAUGAGAAUGAACUGUAAUAUCUAAGAAUGCCAACUGAAUACAAAGUAUUUUGAGCAAAGUACUGUAUUAUAAGAAUAUUAUGCUAGACAGCAUGUGUCAAGGCUUAGAAUGUAUUAAAUAUAUUUGGCUGAAUGAGACAUGGUGAAAGAAUAAGAUUAUUAGGGAGGCAAUUUAUCUUACCAAAAAAAAAAUAAACUUUUGUGUUGAAAUUUUAAAA